GGGAUUUUUGAAGAGGAAAAGAACACAGAGAAGGAUGGAGCUGACAUGGGCAGGAGCUCUGCUGCUUCUCUGUAUAUUUUUCACCCUUUUCUCAUCCUUCCAGAUCUACAAGAAAAAAGGGCAGCUGCCCCCAGGACCUACUCCAUGGCCUUUUUUGGGGAACCUCUUGCAGCGAGAUGUACUACCUAUUAGAAAAUCCUAUAAAAAGCUUUCUGAGAAGUAUGGACCUAUAUUUACUGUGUGGAUCACAUCAAAACCAUUGGUUGUACUUUGUGGAUAUGAGGUGGUAAAAGAUGCUUUGCUGGAUCAUGCAGAAGAAUUUGGUGGGCGAAUUCAAAUGCCCGUAAAUAGGCGAAUGGUCCAAAAUAAAGGUCUGGCCACCAAUGAUGACAACAAAUGGAGGGAGCUGCGACGGUUCACACUGUCCACCUUGCGAGAUUUUGGGAUGGGGAAGAAAAGGAUGUCUGAAAGGGUGCAGGAGGAAGCCCUUUGUCUAGCGGAGGAAGUGGCUACCACAAAAGGGCAACCUUUUGACCCAAGAAGAAGAUUUACCAGUGCUGUUUCUAAUGUGAUCUGCGCAGUCGUCUUUGGCAAUCGAUUUGAUUACGAAGAUCAAAUCUUCAUAGAGAACCAGCAGAUUAUGGAGUCUCAAAUAAGAUGGCUUCAAAGUUUCCUAGCACUGGUGUACAAUACUGUUCCAAAAAUAAUGGAUUACUUUCCUGGGCAACACAAGAAGAGUUUUGCUGAUGCUGAAAAAGUCUGUGAUUAUAUCGAGCAGAACUCCUCUGAGGUUAUCUACACUCCUGACGAUCUUGUGAGUGCUGUGUUUGGACUUUUUGUUGCUGGGACAAUAACCACAAGCCUGGCCUUGCUCUACAGCCUCCUAGUGAUGGCUAAAUUUCCACACAUUCAAGCUAAGGUGCAACAGGAGAUCGAUGAGGUGGUGGGUGCAAACCACACUCCAAGCAUGGAGGACCGGUUGAAGAUGCCUUUCACAAAUGCCGUUAUCCAUGAGGUUCAACGGUAUCAGAAAGGGAGCCUUGAGUUCUUUCCACGGGCAACAACUUGUGACACAAAAUUCCAUGGUUACAACAUUCCCAAGUACACGGCUGUUACUCCAAUGCUCUCGUCUGUACAUUUUGAUCCUCUCCAUUGGGAGACUCCAGAGAAGUUCAACCCAGAUCAUUUCUUGGAUGAAAAGGGCCAGUUCAGGAAAAGAGAUGCUUUCAUGCCAUUCUCAGCAGGGAAACGGGCCUGUCCAGGGGAGGCCCUGGCUCGGAUGGAGCUCUUCCUGUUCUUCAGCACUCUGCUCCAGAAGUUCACCUUCCAUCUGGUUGGGGACACUAAAGACACGGAUGUAAUGUCUUUGUAUUUGGACUUCAGAAAUAAGAAUCAAUACCCCCUUAUAAGAGCGGUUAAACGUUCAUUGGACGCUUGUGUUCAAUGAUUAGGAGAAGGAAAGAAGCUGAGGAUCUGAUGGGUGACAGCUUUGCCUGC